AUGAAUGAGAGUGCUGGCAUCCCUGAGGUGGUCACCAAUCUGGAGGACACUGACACUGAGGUGUUCACCAGAGAAGGAGAAGAUGCCAUCUUACCGUGUCGUCUGGGUUCCCCGGUGAACCUGAAGGAUGAGGUGUUUGACUGGAAGAAGGAGAAGCAGGAGGUGUUCUUCUAUGAAAAGGGCAAGCAUUACGACAACGGCAAGCGUGGACAAGACCCCCAGUUCGGGGGCAGAGUGCACCUUCUCCCAGGGGGGCUGCAGGCCGGUAACGCCUCUGUGAUCCUGUCCAGUGUGACCCAGGCAGACGGCGGAGUGUAUUCUUGCUACUUCCCACGUCGGAAACUGACGAGAUUGAUCCGGCUGACUGUAGUGGUGGAGCCGCGGUUGAGGCUGGAGGUGGUCGAGGUUCCCCCGUCCUCCGGCUCGGUGCGGCUGUCCUGCGUCUCCAGAGGAGGCCAGCCCCAGCCCAGCGGUCUGGAGUGGCAGACCCCCAACGGAACUGUGAUCCCUGCAGAAGAAGCACCGCCGGCCGCCUCCUCAGACAGCGACGGCCGCGACUCCAUCAGUCAGACGGUGAAGGUGACCGAGCCAGGCAGCUACACCUGUCUGGCCCGGCAGCAAGGCGUCCACCCUGCGGUCAGAGACACCAUCCGAGUGUUUGGUGAGUGUUUCCAGUCAGCUGUUUUGAUGGGACUGUGCCCCUAA